CGCGUCCCCCAAUAAUAGCGUACCGCGCGUCUGGCUUCAACCGCAUUACAAACUCUUCCUGCUGCAGACGCUUGCCUGGAGCAGCGCUUAGCCAACCCUUCCCAAUGCCCAAUCUCGCGACGGUACGAUGCCACCUGCUUAGCUGGAGCUCCUGACGUGGGCCGGAGCAGCCCGACCCUACCAUAUGGAUUGGACAGCACGACGGUCUUUUGAAUGGGCCUCAUUUUGAAUUCCCCGAUGCAUCGUCGGCAGAAAGCUUGGCCUUGCAGCGUCAUACCAUGGCGAUGGAGAACGGCGUCUGGCGGGGACUGAUUGCGAGGCGGCAGAGUGCAUUGUGUCUCAUACAAAACAGAAGCAUUGUCCCUCUCACGACGAUCUCUUGAAUGGAGAAGUUCGUUCUGGUUCUACGCACAGCUACUGCCUUGGAUCCGACUACCACUUUCUCCGCGUCCAGUAUCAUUAUCAGUCAGACUUCGACCACUUCAACAGCCACGUUCGUCAAGCCUUCCAGCAUAGGAGAGGUGUCAUCGACCGUACUGUCAGGUACUACCGGUGAUAUUUUAUCUGCCAGUACCUCCACUGCUCUCGCCACCUCAACAUCCUCCUUCCCCAUGGUCACCAAAUCCUCAUACAUCUCCAAGACCGUCAUCCCCACCGGCACUGUGAACAAUGGUGUGCCUACUGUCAUUACUUCCAUACCCGCGUCGACCACUACCGUCGGCGCUAAUGUCAGGGCCAGUAAUCUUGCGGAAGCACAGCAAUACAACCACAUCUUUAACGAUCUCACUGAGAACUCUGCGUGUUCGGUUGGCCAGGUUGCCUGUGUUGGUGGCAAUAUUGGGGAAUGUAACGCUUCUGGAUCUUUCUCCAUCAUCCCGUGCGGCGGAAACACCCAGUGUUUUGCUCUGCCAAUGAACAUCACUGCUGGUGUCCAGGUUGGCUGUGUCGAUCCUGUGGUGGCUGCCAAUAUCCUGGGCGGUUCGGCUUCGAGCACAUCUGCUGCUCCUACGAGCACUGCUGUCACCAGUUCAGCUGCCACCUCAACGACCGCCGAGACCCCGAGCUCAUCUGCUGCUCCUACGGGCACUGCUGUCACCAGUUCAGUUGGCACCUCAACGACCACCGAGACCCCGAGCUUAUCUGCUACGUCAAAAGUUACAGAGACUCCAAGCUCAGCUGCUACCUUGACGAGCACUGAUUACCCGACUUUGAUCACCGUCACCAUUAUCCCCCCUACCGCAACGGUCACCAGCAUCAUCACCGCCCAGCCUACAGCCAGGACGACCUCCAAGAAGUCAAGCACCACUACCAUCACCUCGGAGCAGUCGAGCACCAGCAUCUCUACCCAAACCGAGCAAACCACCAUCGUCACCGUGACCCAAUCCGUUCCCACCACUCUAGUCACCGUGACCCGCUCCUCCACCAGCAACACCGACUCAGCCGGCCAAAUUACCACGACCAUCGCCUUCACUCCUCCCACAUCUGCACCCACAGCCGCACCCACUACUACUGCCGUGGUCACCACGACCACGAUCCUUACCAGCCUAGAGGUUAUCCCCAUCACCAAGACCAAGCACCACGGAGGCGGCAGCAGGCCCACUGAGGCUCCCGUUCCCUCAAGCGCCAAGCUUAUCGACUUCCCUACUACCAAGGCGGCCGGCGAUGACCCAGUCACUGUUACGGUCAAGGUGACAGAGACAGUGACGACGACUACUACGAGUGUUACGACGGAUAUGGCUACGGUGACUGCGACGAUGCAAGCGUAGACUGGGGCAGAAAUUGCAGACCUACUCCUCACCUACCACAUAAAGCACGACAACCUAAUUUGUUUACUUUGAAAUUUUGGUCAUUGGCACUUCGGCGGUAGCUUGGGAGUGUUUAAUAACCUGCCUUCUCAGAUUUCCUUUUUGUCUUUCGCAUAAGCUCUUCGGGUGUUGGAGUCCGAAGCUGGGGGAAAGAAAGAUUGAUACCCCCGUUAGUUGAUAGAUACUGCUUGUUUUAUAAUUCAUUA